ACCAUUCCAUACCAUUCUACUUGCUGCUGUUCGCCUCUGUUGCAAACAUAGAAAUUGCACGUGUUUUACCAAAACAUACAUUGAAGUAUUGAAAAAUGGUGCGGAAAUUGAAAUUUCAUGAGGAGAAACUGCUCAAGAAGGUUGAUUUCAUAUCAUGGAAGGUGGAUAAUAACUUGCAUGAGGUGAAAAUAAUGAAAAAGUAUCACAUUCAGAAACGGGAAGAUUACACGAAAUACAACAAACUGUCUAGAGACAUCAGGGCCCUGGUCGAGAAGAUCAUAUCGGUGGACGCCUGUAGCGACUUCAGGAUUGAAUGCAGCGCUCGGCUGUUGGAGAAACUUUACCAAAUGGGGCUGAUCCCGACUCGUUGGGACCUGAUCCUGGCGGCGAAUGUGACAGCGAGCGCGUUCUGCCGCAGGCGGCUGCCCGUGGUGAUGGUUCGAAAUAGCAUGGCCGAGAACUUGAUUGAAGCCACCAAAUUCAUCGAGCAGGGGCACGUACGGGUGGGCACCGAGCUGGUGACGGACCCGUCCUUCCUGGUCAACAGGGCUCUGGAGGAUUUCAUCACCUGGGUGGACGGCUCGGCCAUCAAGAGGCACGUCUUGGAGUACAAUGACCUGCGUGAUGACUACGAUGAUUAAAUCAAGCAAGAGGAACUGCUGGAAUGCUGCUGUAAGCAUACGCAGAAGAAAAAACCAAAAAAAUCACUUUUUGUGUUUAUUGUGCCAGUUUUGUAACCUCUAGUUAUUUUAAAGUACUUAUUUAUUGUCCAAACAAAAUAUGUUAGGGCAGAAAUGCAAACUUUGCAAUUAGCGAUUUUGCAUUUAUCUUUGUUGUUUUGCAUUUAUGUUCUAUCCAGUUUUGGCCACUCUGCGUUGAAUCGUAGAAUAAAAAAACAUGCAUGUUUGUGAGUGCAGAAAUGCUGCAGCUCAUUUUCUUAUUUUUUUUCUCUACCAAAGGGUCAGGAUACCCUAGAAUGUAUGUGGCAGUAUCAGUGCACUUUUCUUGCCAGUGUGUACAUCAUUUUGUUAUGAUUUGAGCUUAUUUCAAUCAUAAUGUCACAUUUAUGUUUCUUGAUGUUUUUAUUGCCAUUUUUUGAGUGCCGCUUUUUCAAUGAUAAAUGUUUGAGAGAAAUUCACAAACUUGCUUUACAUGUGGUUUUAUAAGUACCUAAGUAGUUUUCUGUGUGCAGUUUAUCAUUCCGUAAAACUGUAUUGUAGGCCUACUGGGUGGUCCAACUGGAUUGACUGGGGCGACGAAUUUCUAAAUUUGGUAAAUAAAAUUUACCUUUUCGAAAAUUUUGGAUCCUUGAAUCCACAUUUGGUGAUAAGUAUUAUAUACAUUUUUGUUGGAAAUCUGUAUUAGUUUUAUUUUAUAGUGUGUUUAUUUCUGAAUAUAAUCAGAUAGAUUUGUAAGUUACUUAUAUGUACUAUGUACUACUGACUAGAUUAUAUCCGUCGAUUAUACGAGUAUCAUAUCCUAAUUCUGCAUGUCAGCUCUCAGACUGGUACAAGACCAAAAUUACCACCUUCUGCAAUUUUCGACGUCGUUUUGUGUGGGUGAGCAGACUGAGGUGAUACGACUAUGUCUGCUUCAAAACUGUGUGACGUUUUACGAGGGGUUAACGGAUUUUGUGUUGCACAAACUAAUUACUAAUAUUCUUAAAAAUUCUGGAAAAUUGCGAAGUGGUCGUAAUGGUUUUGCAUAUGUUUUGAUUAUCUACUUGAAUUAAUAAAAAAUAAAACAUACUGUAAUCAACAAUUUAUUCAAUAUUAAGCAUAUAAUACUCAGAAAACUAGUGUCUAAUUGGUGUCUUAAAAAAAGAUAUGUACAUUCCAUUUGCUUGUAACUUACUGAAAAUAACGACAAUUGAGUGUUUAAC